AUGCAGCAGCUAGGACCUCCAUAUCAAGGCCCGCCACCAUCGCAUACACCGGCACUGAUUCCGACUCCCCGUCCUCUCCCAUCGGCAUCGCAUUCACCACACAAGACUUUCCAACGAAUAUCAACCAGCAAUGCCAGCAAUUAUCCAAACAAUCCAGCGACCCAAUCUCAUAACAAGAAUGCAAAUGAAUGGAGUAAUUUCACAGACAAUGAAAUGUAUUGGACUCCAACACGAAUGAAAUCGGAGGAUUCAAAAGAGGCUAAAGAGGAAGCUAAUUUCAGGUUUAGAGGAACUACCCUGAUCUUCUCGGUCGGUAUUGUCUAUAAUGCGCCGCAAGAGUUGAUUGCUACUGCUCAGACGCUAUAUCAUCGCUUCUACAUGAAGCAGUGCUUGCAGAAUACAAAUUACUUUGAAAUAGCAGCCACAGCGCUAUGGGUAGCAUGGAAGGUCGACUUUGAUGCCUCAGCGGUACCCAAGAUAGGGGAUUAUAUAGUGGUGGUUGCUCGUAAAGCUGAACGAAAUGAUAAUUUGACCUUGGAACCUAAUUCAAAAGAAUGGAACAUUUGGAAGCAUAGGAUAUUAUUUAAUGAACAAAUCUUCUGUGAAGCAUUGUCCUGGGACUUGUAUGUUGAACUACCGUAUACUUAUGUUUUUGAUUUUGGGAAUCGAUUGGGAGUCAAGAGAGAAGUGGGAGAACGAGCUAUCGGUAUUGUCAGUGACAGUUGUCGACUACCACUGCUAUUACAAUAUCAUCCCAAAGAAGUAGCCAUAGCAGCACUAUACAUCGCAUGUGCAUUAAUCAAGGAAGAAUUACGAGUUGAUGUAUGGGAAAUGUCUCAGGUGAAAUUGCCUCGAGUAACGGAAAUUGUGCGUGAAAUCACGCAACUAUACAUGACAAGAUCACUGUUUAAAGGGAGCCAAUCGGGUACCCCUACUACACCAAAUACGUUAUUGCCUACGUCGGUGCCGCACUAA